AUGGCCCGCACACUCCACAAGGCUCGCAGCGCCGGUGCGGCCGAGUCGAAACCAUGUCGGCUUCUCGAACUCCCAGCAGAGCUUCGCACUCGGAUCUACGAGUUUGCUCUCUUUCCCACCCACAAUCAGCCCGUCACAGACGCAGAGCUGGCACGACAGAAUUACAGACUCAAUGGCUUCGUCCCUCAUGGUCGUACCAAACCCGCACUGGCCAGGUCCACGGGCUACUACGACUGCUACAUCUGGAAGCGCGACCGCUCCGAUCCAACUCUCCAGCGCCCUUCACUACUAGCAGUCAAUAAGCAGGUUCGUGGUGAAGCCUCCGAGAUCUUCUACAGCAAGGCAGUCUUCCGGGUCCCGCUAGCAGUCGAUCUCGGUGGCUCCUUCGGUGUGAGGAUGGCGCAGAAGUGGUUGGGCUCGUUGUGGGCGACCAGCUCGCCUUAG